AUGCCAGGAUUCGAGGACAAGGACUUUGCUGCCAACCCAGCACCAGCUUCGCAGCAGCAGUUGGACAGAGUCAAGAGCAGCGAGAUUGCUACCAGCGAGGGCGUUGGCAGCUAUGGCAGAGGUCAGAACGAAAAUUUUGGUGCCAUCGAGGUGCCAGCUUCGAGAUCCAGCAUUGCGGACGCAACACCAUACAUGCACCAACUCUCGCUUUCGCCAUCCCAGCGCGACCGGCGAGCAUCAAGAAACUCUUUCGGUGCAGCUCUGCCUAUUCCACGAUCGAAGCGUCAAUCCCGCCUCUCCUCAGUAACUCACGCUGAUGGCCGACCUCAGCGCCCGGGCAUGCCGCCCAUUCAGCCAACUCGUGAGCUUUUGGCUGGCCAGGUCCAGGACAUGUCCCAGAACAAGGUCAAGGCCGCCAAGGACAUGGCUUUCGUUUUCGACAUCGAUGGUGUGCUUGUCCACGGUGACCGAUUGAUCCCAGAAGGUCAGCGAACACUUGAGAUCCUCAACGGCGAUAACGAGCUCGGAAUCAAAAUCCCCCACAUCUUCCUCACGAACGGUUCGGGAAAGCCAGAACAGGCUCGUGUUGAGCAGCUGUCCAAGAUCCUGCACCAGCCAGUCAGCACAGAACAAUUCAUCCAAUCACACACACCAAUGAGCGCGCUUGCCGAGUACUACAACACUGUUCUCGUCGUCGGCGGAGAGGGUUACCGCUGCAGAGAGGUCGCCGAGCAGUACGGCUUUAAGGACAUCGUUGUGCCCAACGACAUCGUAGCCUGGGACCCAACGAUCGCUCCAUACCGAGUCUUCACUGACGCCGAGCGUGCCACCUCCCGCCCACGAGACUUCUCAAAGAUCAACAUCGACGCCAUCAUGGUCUUCUCCGACUCCCGCGACUACGCAACCGAUAUUCAGAUCAUCAUGGACCUGCUCCAGUCGGAGAACGGAAGAUUGCACACUCGUGCCAAGGACCCCGUCUCGCAGCGAAUCCCAAUCUACUUCUCGCAAGGUGACUUGCUCUGCCCAACCGAGCACCCAUACCCAAGAAUGUCUCAAGGUGCUUUCCGAAUCGGCAUCGAGGCCAUGUACAAGGCGCUCACAGGCGAGGACCUCGAGCGUGUCGUCUACGGCAAGCCAGAACUCGCAACAUACAAGUAUGCCGAUGAGGUGAUUGCCAGUUGGAUGGAGAAGAUCCACAAUGAGGAGAAGUUGCCCAAGAACAUCUACAUGGUUGGCGACAACCCAGCUUCGGACAUCAUUGGAGGUAACAUGUAUGGCUGGAACACCUGCUUAGUCCGCACCGGUGUCUUCCAAGGUGGCGACAACGACGAGAACAACCCCGCCAACUUCGGUGUUUUCGCCAAUGUCCUGGAAGCUGUCAAGACUGCGAUCAAGAAGGAGAUCGGCGAGGACUUUAACUUCCAGUGGGAUGAUGAGAAGGUCAACCCUCUUCUGCAGGGUGACAAGGCCGCUUCGGCUGUUGCGAUUGAGUAG